CCCCCAAUCUGUUUUCCCAUUGGUUGUUUUUUCUUACAGAAAACUAAAAUCUGUAGAAUUAGUAAAGGUAGCUUGCCAUAAGUGCUAUUUCAAGCAGUCUCGAACUGUGUUGUCAAGUCCAUUUCCUGGAUCUCUUUCUCGAGUUAUUCUGUUUGACCCUGUCCUCCUCCUCGACGAUCCUCGUGCUUCACAAUGAGUUCGCAACAGCAACCGGCUCUGCAAGAAAAACAACCCCCUCAAUAUUUCAAAGGAAUUGUGAAAUUGGUAUUGUCUGGAGAUUCUGUGAUCAUUCGUGGACAGCCAAAAGGAGGACCACCACCUGAGAGGCAACUGAAUUUGUCUGGAAUUAAUGCUCCUAGAUCAGGAAGGAGAGCUGGAGGGAGUGCUGAAGAAACCAAGGAUGAACCAUUUGCUUGGGAAGCAAGAGAAUUUUUACGAAAGAAACUAGUUGGCAAGGAAGUUGUGUUCACUAUUGAAUACAAGGUUCCGUCAUCUGGUCGAGAGUAUGGUUUCCUUUAUCUUGGAAAAGAUGCUGCUUCUGGAGAAAAUGUCAUCGAGUCCUUGGUUACUGAAGGCUUGGUUACUGUUCGUCAAGAGGGAAUCAGAGGCUCCACAGAGUUAGCCCAUUUAGCUGAACUUGAAAGUGCUGCCAAAGCUGCAGGUAAAGGAAAAUGGGCUUCCACUGGCUUGCAAGAGCAUGUUCGAGAUAUUAAGUGGGUAGCCGAGAAUCCUAGGCAACUUGUUGACAAGUUCAAAGGGAAGCCAGUUCAAGCUGUUGUUGAACAUGUUCGAGAUGGAUCGACAAUUCGGGCCUUUUUACUUCCUGACUUCUAUCACAUCACAUUGAUGGUUUCUGGAAUUAGAUGUCCAGGAUUCAAGCUAGAUUCCGAAGGCAAACCAGACCCAGCCGCAACGGAACCCCUGGCUGAAGAAGCGAAAUUCUUUACCGAAACCAGACUUCUUCAGCGAGACGUUCAGAUCGUUCUCGAAUCAGUUAAUAACAACAACUUUGUUGGCAGCGUUAUCCAUCCGAAUGGAAACAUCGCCGAACUCUUAUUGCGUGAUGGGUUUGCCCGUUGCGUUGACUGGUCGAUUGCUUUAGUGACGGGAGGCGCAGAAAAGCUUCGUGCUGCUGAAAAAGCAGCUAAGGAGAAGAAGUUGCGUAUUUGGAAGGAUUACGUGUCUUCAGCCCCACAAUUGAGCGCUAAAGAAAAGCAGUUCAAUGGCAAAGUUGUUGAAAUCGUGAACGCUGAUGCCUUUAUGGUAAAACUACACGAUGGCUCGACUCGAAAGAUCUUUUUGGCAAGCAUUCGUCCGCCAAGGCUUGAAGAGAAAGGCGAAGAGAAGGGUGAGAAAAAGAAAGGAUUCCGACCUCUUUACGAUAUUCCUUGGUUGUAUGAAGCACGUGAAUUCCUUCGAAAGAAGCUGAUCGAUAAACGCGUAGACAUCACAGUCGAUUACGUACAACCCGCAAGCGCCAACUAUCCAGAAAAAACAUGCUGUACUGUCCUGAUUGGAGGAGCCAAUGUUGCCGAAGCACUAGUGUCCAAAGGAUAUGCCACGGUCAUUCGUUACAGGCAAGACGACGAUCAGCGAUCAUCUCGCUAUGACGAAUUGCUUGCUGCUGAAAUGAAGGCUUCUAAGACUUCGAAAGGAGUGCACGAUAAGAAAGAAGCUCCGACGCACCGCGUAGCUGAUUUAUCAGGGGAUCUUGCCAAAUCGAAGCAAUUUUUACCAUUCUUGCAAAGAGCUGGUCGUUCGGAAGCCGUUGUUGAAUUUGUUGCCUCUGGAUCUCGUCUUCGGCUGUACAUUCCACGUGAGACAUGCCUCAUCACUUUUCUUCUCGCUGGCAUCAGCUGUCCUCGAGGUACUCGUCCCAAUCUUAACGGUGCUCCUGGAGUCCAAGAUGGUGAACCUUUUGGAGAUGCAGCACUCGUCUUUACCAAGGAACAUUGCCUACAACGAGAAGUUGAAAUCGAGGUUGAAAGCAUGGAUAAAGGUGGAAAUUUCAUUGGAUGGCUCUGGUUAGAUAACCAAAAUUACUCUGUGAAGUUAGUCGAAGAAGGGCUUGCCAGUGUUCAUUUCACGGCUGAGCGUUCAGUGCAUUAUCGAGCAAUGCAGGUAGCCGAAGAGAACGCUAAAGCAAGGAAAUUGAAAAUUUGGGCGAAUUACGUUGAAAAAGAAGUGAAGGCCGUGCCUGAAGAGGAAUUCGCAGCUGAAAGAAAAACAAACUACCAAGCUGUUGUUAUAACGGAAGUAACUCCAGAACUGCGAUUCUAUGUUCAAAAAGUGGACCAAGGACAGGCAUUGGAACAAUUGAUGAAUCAACUUAGGCAAGAACUCAACACUAACCCUCCCCUUGCAGGCGCUUAUGUUCCCAAGAAAGGUGACAUUUGUGCUGCUAAAUUCUCUGAUGGAGAAUGGUACCGUGCUCGCGUAGAGAAAGUUGCUGGAAACCAGGUUCAUUUGCUCUACAUCGACUACGGAAACCGCGAAAUUACCACUGCGGUGAAGUGUGUGAGCAUUCCUGCUGUCUAUGCGGGACCAGCAGCCUUUGCUCAUGAGUACAGUCUGGCGUGUACCGCGCUCCCGAAAGACCCGGAGGACAUUCAAGAAGUUGUAACUGCUUUUGGCGAAGACACCAAUGGUCGGCAGUUGUUGUUGAACGUGGAAUACAAAGGAGCUAACGGGGACUGUGUCACUUUGCUUACCAACGAAACAGAUGCUUCUCAACGCAAAGACAUAGCUCGUGAGCUUAUCUCUGAUGGAUUACUGUGCGCCGAACCGCGACGUGAAAAGCGGCUCCUUAAAUUGGUGAACGAUUACAUUGCGGCUCAAGACGCUGCUAAGAAACGUCACUUGAACAUUUGGCGAUAUGGUGACAUCACUGAAGAUGAUGCCAACGAAUUUGGUUUGGGGAAACGCAAAAUCUAAAUCAGUGUGUUUCACAUUUCCCAACCUCAUUCCACUUGAUUGGCGAAGGGAAUAAUUGUUUGAAAUUUCUUGCUGAUUUUAUUCAGUAAAAAAAUAUCAAAUUUAUCUACUAUCAUUUUCUGCUAUUGUUUUGAUUUUUUUUCCUCAAAAAUGCAUUUAUUAUUAUUAUUUUUUUUCCUGGUCAAGCAUAUCACGCUCGGAAGGUUUUUUAUUACCUACCGUGACAUUUUGUAAGACAUGCUGGGGCAGCCCUCCCUACUUUGUUGGGAAUUAAAGGUUUGUUAUUACAGAUCAAACUUGUUAGUAGGGGUUGUGGUGCGUCAAUGAAAUAAACGCGAAAUUAAUUUCGUCUUAA